AUGCCAUCAAUAUCAAAUAUACGUCAGCGCUACAAGCGAGCACGCUUUAAGCACGAUGUUGGAUUCAAAAUUAGGAACUUUAUGCAGAGGAUCAUAUCUGCCGUAUAUCCUUAUGCCAAGGUGGUGCUACCGAACUUCAGGGCCGUUCAUUAUUUCUACAUUCUAACGCAUUGUUUUCUUGGUUCAAUUUUGAUUUAUCCUGUAAAGUCGAUUCCUUACAUCGAUGCCUUGUUCUUUGCAAGUGGAGCAUCUACUCAAGCAGGACUUAAUACAGUUGAUGUUAACAAGGCGUCUCUUUAUCAACAAAUUAUUUUAUAUAUAAUACCAACACUUACAAACCCUAUAUUUAUUCAUGGUUCAUUACUUUUGGUACGAUUAUACUACUUUGAACGUCACUUUGACAACAUAAAGGAAAACUCAAAGUUAAAUUUUCAAAUGCGGAAGUCGGCGACUUUGGCUCGACAGAAUACAAUAGCUUCAGCCAACUCAACUAGAAUGAAUACGGCAAACAACAAAGACUUGGGAUUCAACCACAAGGAUAACGAAGUUGAUAGCCCACAAUCAUCAUCCCUGAUACCUGGAAACGGACCACAUAAUUAUAAUGGCAAAGUGGAGCACAUGUGGGAGCCCUCUGAUGAGGAAGACGAUCUUGGAGUUAAUAACAAUGCUGGACACGAAAAUGAAGAUACACCGAAUCAUGCAAUCAAGUUUGGAGCUCUACCGCAUCCAAGAAGAAAAAAGUCUAUCGACCCGGAGGACAUGUAUCGUUCUAUCAACAUGCUUCGAGAAAAACAAAAAUCGCAACACAAUGUUCAUGGGGGCAAUCAUGGUGGUAACCAAGAUGACACUCAUGAAAUUCGCCCUCCACAAAGUACAAGUAUUCAUUUUGCUGAUAUUGCUUCCCCUAGUAGAAGUAGAAGGUCCCAUGUCUCAACAUCUGCAAGUCAAAGUCCACACCAUGGAGAUGAUGGUGAUAACGACGAUGAUGUGCUAGUAAUCAAACCACCAAACGAAAUUGAGGACGCUGUUAGUCACAAUGCUAUUUUUACAAAAAAAAAGCUUUCGAAACCAAGCCAGAAACGCAGAUCACUGUGGAUUCCCUUGUCAGCACGAAAGCCAUAUAAUCCAUGGAAGAACAGAUUAAGAAAAACACUUUCCAAUUCCAGUCGUAAGAGACGCUCACAGGCGUCCAGUGAACUAGAAGAUGAAGAAGAUGAUGAUGCAUCGAUAGACUCUGAGGUUGAGGAGACUAAUAUUUCUGGCGAUGACACCACCCGAUUUGAUGGUCGUAGUGGCACAGAAAAUAGCGAUGGUCUUGAUGAUGAUGAUGAUGACGAUGACGACGAUAAUGAUGAGGAUUAUGACGGGGAAGUCGAUGAAAGUGCAAUUACUGAUGACGAUGACCAAGAUGAUGGUGAUAUUUCCCCAACUCAGCUGGCGCAUCAUUCAGAACAGCACUCCUCAAACGACCUUGAGUCAAGAAAUACAACGCGAAUACUCAAGCUUGAUCAUGCACUCCCAGACGCAGAGAGAGCAAGAAAGAGAAAGAAGCGCUUCAAGAAGCUCAAGAAGAUCAGAACUCCAAUUAUAUCCCGUUUGUCAAGUGGCGAGACCGCUGCUAACAAUGACAAUGUCAACGGCACUGAGGAUACUGAUGAGUCGGAUGAUGAGUCGGAUGAUGAGUAUCGAGAUGGACUUUCUCGGACAAUGAGUGGGAAUUACUUGUCAUUUGCUCCAACUGUGGGUAGAAACUCUACUUUCAUGAAGAUGACAGAUGAACAAAAAGAUGAAUUAGGUGGUAUAGAAUACAGAGCUGUGAAGUUGCUUAUCAAAAUAAUCGUGUGUUAUUAUCUCGGGUUUUUGAUAAUUUCAUCAUUUAUGCUUUUGAUCUGGAUAUACUGUAUGCCCCAUUACAAAAAUAUGCUUAAUGACAACGCCAUUACGCCAGGGUGGUGGGCAUUUUAUACAGCACAAUCAUCCUUCAAUGAUUUGGGACUUACUUUGACAGCGGAUUCCAUGAAUUCAUUUCAUGAAAAUGCAUUUGUACAAAUACUUUGUGCUUUCUUGAUCGUGAUUGGUAAUACUGGAUUUCCCGUGCUUUUGAGAUUUAUAAUUUGGGUGAUGUUCAAGGCAGCCCCAGAAUUGUCAUUAUACAAGGAGUCAUUAGGGUUUUUGUUAGAUCAUCCACGUCGUUGUUUUACUUUGCUUUUCCCACUGAUUCCUACGUGGUGGUUAUUCUUUAUCUUGGUUGCAUUAAACGGGUUUGAUUUGGUGAUUUGGUGUAUUCUAGACCUCAACAAUGCAAUGUUUGACGGGGUACCUAAAGGUUAUCGUGUUUUGAAUGGAUUGUUCCAAGCAUUUUGUACCAGAACUGUAGGGUUUUCAGUUGUCGAUUUGUCUCAAUUACAUGCUGCAACCCAGGUGAGUUACUUGGUGAUGAUGUAUAUAUCUGUCUUGCCCAUUGCCAUCUCAGUCAGAAGAACAAAUGUUUAUGAAGAGCAAAGUUUAGGGGUGUAUACUAAGGAAGGUGAUGACGGGGAUGAAAACACCCCUUCAAAUUUCGUUGGUGCGCAUUUGCGUAACCAGUUGUCCUACGAUUUGUGGUAUAUCUUUCUAGGAUUGUUUAUUAUUUGUAUCGCUGAGGGAAGUAAAUUGCAAAAGAUGGAGUUUAGAUUUUCGGUUUUUGCAAUUUUGUUUGAAGUUAUUAGUGCUUACGGUACAGUUGGAAUGUCUCUUGGGUACCCAGAUGUCAAUACAUCAUUGUCCGGUAAGUUCAAUGUCGUUUCAAAGUUGGUUAUUAUUGCAAUGAUGAUCAGAGGUAGACACAGAGGUUUGCCGUAUGCUAUAGAUAGAGCUAUUUUGUUACCUAAUGCUGAGAUGAACCGUCACGAUGAAGUUCAAGAACAACAUGCAAUGAACAGACAACAUAGUCUUGAUCGAGGAACUACAUUGGCUAAAGUGGCAACUUUUGCAAGAGGUGGUCCCAUUGAUGGAGGUGAUAACAUUCUCAGUAGAGUAUUGACGAAUGUCAGUCAUUUGAGGAAUAAACGAAGAAGAAAUAGAGGAUCAACUAGCAGCAAUAACAAUGUCAGUACCAGUGAUAACGAACAUUCUUUACAUUCAAAUAACCCGAACUAUCUAGUCACAACAGUAAGUCAUGUAUAA